AUGCGAGGUAAAGCGAGGAUCCAGAGACGGAUAACGGCAACGGCGAUCCAUUCCGGGCGUCGAUCUGCAACAAAACAAAUUGAUAGAGAUGUUCUAUCGAACACUGCAUCGUCUUCUACAUCCUUAGCAGCAGAUGUCGAAGAGAACACUGCAGCAGCUGUUGAACAUGUAGACUUGGACGAAGAGUUUGUGGAUGACACAGGAUCAGCAAAUUUCAGAUGGUCUCACGAAGCAGUUUUACUUUUACUGAAGGAAUAUAGGGAACGGGAACGAAAUAUGUAUUCAGGAAAAACCAGCCAUAAGAAGGUAUGGGAGCAAAUUGCUCAGGUGAUGAAUAGCAAGGGAUAUACAGUAACAGGCAGACAAUGCACCACCCGAGUAAAUACCAUGAAAAGAACAUACAAGGCUGUAAGGGAUCAUAACAGACAAUCGGGCAAUAAUAAGCGACCGUGGAAAUAUUUUGAGGUGAUGGAAAGUCUUCUAGGCGAGAAACCGUUUAUGGAGCCUCCAGCAACAAUUUCGUCUACUGGUGCAGAAACAUUUAAAAUAAAGUCCGAAUCAGCAAAUUUAACUUUCAUAUCAGGCUUAUCCAGCAGCGGCAGCAGCAGCAGCAUAUGCGAGAAUGAAGCUUCAAAUAAGAAUAUUUGUGUAUCUCGUAAACGUAAGAUUGCAGACGUACAGACAGUUGAAGAAGCACGAAAAAUAGCAGAAGGAAAACAGAAGAGACAUGAAGAGAAGAUGGGUAUAUCAGAGAGAUUAAUGGAGAAAUUGGAUAAAAUUCUAGAGAAACUAUAAAAUCUUUAUUUUGUUCGUAUGUUCUAAUGAAUUCUAUAACAUGUAUAAGUUAC